GAAUUUCCGGGGAUUCAGCAGCAUUACAGGCAGCUAACGGUAUAAGCAAAUGACUGGUAUCUAGACUAGUAAAUACCUAUUGUAUUUACUGAGAGAGACUGAACAGAAAUUCAUUGACCAAAGAAAGAAUUAGACUGCACGGUCAGGCUAUCUGAGGUCAAACUUCAGAUUUUCUCAGCACCAUGGGGGAAUAUUACCAUAUUUUAGGUGUGCAAAGAAAUGCAUCUCAAGAGGACAUUAAAAAAGCAUACAGAAAACUUGCUCUCAAGUGGCACCCUGAUAAAAACCCAGACAACAAGGAUGAGGCAGAGCGAAGGUUCAAAGAGAUUUCAGAGGCCUACGAGGUCCUUUCAGAUGCCAACAAAAGAAAAACAUAUGACUGCUAUGGUAAAGAAGGCUUAACAGCAGGUGGUGGUGGUAGAGCAGGUGGGCAUUACUCCAAUGGGGACCACUUUACCGGAGGCUUUACAUUCCGCAAUCCAGAAGACGUGUUCAGGGAAUUCUUCGGGGGACGUGAUCCAUUUGCAGAUUUCUUCGGUGGAGACCCCUUCGGUGAUGACUUCUUUGGCGACGACUUCUUUGGUGGCCGGAGGCACCAUCGGGGUGUGAGCCGGAGUCGGACAGCAGGGCCCUUCUUCGGGGGAUUCGGGGGAUUUCCACCGUUUGGCGCAGGAUUUUCAGCCUUUGAACCAAGCUUCUCACCCUUUGGGGCAAUUGGACACGUGGGGCACAUGGGACACAUGGGACAUAUGGGGCACAUGGGGCACGUGGGUGGAGGCUUCACCUCCUUCUCCUCCACCUCUUUCGGAGGAGGUGGGGGUGGCGGCGGGGGCAUGGGCGGCUUCCGCUCCGUGUCCACCUCCACCAAAUUCGUCAACGGCAGGAAAAUCACAACAAAAAGGAUUAUAGAGAAUGGACAGGAACGGGUGGAGGUGGAAGAGGACGGCCAGUUAAGAUCUGUGACCAUUAAUGGGAAAACCCAGGGGCUGGCCCUGGAGGAAGGGCAUAGGUGCAAAGAGGAAGCACGCCCUGGCUCGUCCUCAUCCCAGCAGAGCUCCAAGAGUUCUGCAGCCGAGCGGCCCGCUUCCAAGACGGAGCACCAGCACCAACACAGCCCAGCCAGGGGACGAGUGGACAUGAAAAGAAAGAAGCCUGUGCAGCAGGAUGGAGGGAAGAAGCACAAGGCAGUAUGACCUCUGUCCCAGUCCCACUGAUGCGUACGGGAGAGCCAGUGGCAGGAUGCAGGUGGACUUCUAUGCUGCUCGUCUCAAUGCACAUCACUGAUGUUGUUACAAACACAUGUAUUGAGUGCACUUUCUCCAGUCAGGUAACUGCAAGAUCUCAACCUGUGGCCAACAUAACACUACAUAUCAAGAGAUUUAACAAGAUGCUGGAAAUAUGUCUUAAAUAGCAAGAUGUAUGAAGUCCCUACUGACUCCGAGUACAGAUCAACUUUUGAAAUUGAAACCCUAUAGAUUAGUGCACACUGGCACCUCAAUUUUCAGAGUGGGGAAUAUAAUAAACCUUAUGGCUGACUUGCUAUAUCCUUCACUGGGGUCUUGGAAAAGACUCUUCAUAUAUCCAUUUGCUUUACUUUAGCUUAAACCUUCAGAAACUGGCAUUACAUUAUGCUGUGUGGCUUCAGUUAGAUCCUGUGAUGUGGUGCACCAUUAAAAACUGCAGCCUGACUAUUUUUCUUCAUCUUAUGUCGUGUAACCUUUAUUACAUACAUUUAAAGAGGUUUUACACUGUCUUUUGUUCUAUUUAUAGAAUGAUUAAUAAAUAUUUUCACCUUUGACAGAA